AUGGCGGACGCGGGGGUGGAUAUAGGACAGCUUACAGAAGACCAGCAACUGGCACUGCAGCAAUACACCGCCGUCACAAACCAGGAAGUCAAGGAUGCAGUACCGUUGCUACAGCGUUGCCAAUGGAAUGUUCAGAUCGCAAUAGCUCGCUUCUUCGAUGGAGAACCAGCCGACGACCCGACUGCAGCAAGCCCAGAGAUACCCGCACCGCGAGAUAUCCGGCGGCAGGAGACGCUUCUCAGCGGCUUGACGAGCUCACCGCGAUCCUCCAUAUCCGGCCGGCGCAUGCGGAUCGAUCCCGCACCGCGAGUCGUGCCGCAACCAGAGAACCAGGUCGCAACGCAGGUGCCGCUCGUCUUUGCCAUAUUAUUUGCCCCGUUCAGUCUUGUGUACUCCGUGAUAUCGAAGGCAUUCCGGUUAUUCGGAUACCUCUUUCCCUUCCUUCCACGGGCAUGGGGACGCUUGACGGCGAGCAACAUCAACACGCCUGCAGCGCGGCGGACCAGCGGGCGGCGGCCGCUCCCCCCUCGAGACAAUGCGGCGCGGUUUAUACGGGAGUUUGAGGAGGAGUACGGGAGCAAUAAUCUGCCUUUCCUCGAGCACGGAUAUGCCCAAGCGCUCGAUCUGGCGAAGAGGGAUCUGAAGUUCCUGUUGGUUAUCCUGGUGUCGCCGGAGCAUGACUACACAUCUUCCUUCAUCAGGGAGACGCUGUUGUCGCAGGAGGUCGUGGAGUUUAUACGGAAGCCGGAGAACAAUAUCGUUCUGUGGGCGGGCAACGUGCAGGACUCGGAAGCUUACCAGGUUUCGGCGGCGUUGAACUGCACGAAGUUCCCCUUUGCCUGUCUCAUUGUCCACACGCCUUCCGUGUCGUCGACGGCCAUGGGCGUAGCUACGCGCAUAGCGGGUCCGACUCCGCCGGCGGAGUUCAUCACGAAGCUCCGACAGGGGAUGCGGCCGCACAUCGAGGCGUUGAAUCGAGUGAGGGCGCAGAGAGCAGAGCAGCAGGCUGCGCGCAAUAUCCGCCAAGCGCAGGACUCCGCGUAUGAGCGGUCCCUCGCACAGGACCGCGAGCGCGCGCGGCAAAAGAGGGAGGAAGCGGAGAGGAGAGCAAGGGAAGAGAAGGAGGCAUUGGAGAGGGAGCAGGCCAAGGAGCGGUAUGCGCGGAACCUCGAGCAGUGGCGGAAAUGGCGGGCUUCGUCCAUCCGUGCGGAACCGGGGCCUGAGGAGAGGGACGUCGUUCGCAUCAGUCUCCGGUUACCGUCCAGCGAGCGGGUGGUGAGGAGGUUUGCGAGUGAUGCGCAUAUCGAGGAGUUGUAUGCGUUUGUAGAGUGCUAUGAUGUUUUGCAGGGUGGGGAAGGGGUACUGGAACUGGAAAAGGUGGAUGAGCCCGAGGGGUUCGAGCAUGAGUAUAAGUUUCGGCUUGUGUCGCCGAUGCCUAGGGAGGUGUUUGAUUUGGAGAGUGGAGGGACGGUGAGGGAGAGGAUUGGGAGGAGUGGGAAUCUUAUUGUUGAGAGGAUGGAUGAGGAGGAUGAGGAGGAGGGGAAGGGAGGUGAGAGUUGA